AGAGGUGGCGGAAAUACGUCAGUUGUUCAGGCUACUGGGAUUUACUGUACAAACGAAAAUGCAAUGUAGGGCGAAGUGGGCAACUGGGCUUUAAAUCUAACGUGAGUCUUUAACACCAUUUACUCAACGUUUUACUCGAGAUCAACGGGACAUUCGAACCAAGGAACCAACCAUAUCCACCAAGGAACCACGGAAAUAAGAAUUCGAAGCUGGAUGUUUAGAAACAAGACCGACCAAGGCGAAUCGUUUUCUGGCUGGGGUUUGUUCACUUUCGCGUGAAGAUUGACAAGCUUUGAACAAAUAGCCUGUGAAUGGAUGGUUUAUUCUACAAAUCACGGAAUUCAUUGCGUUUUAUGGGUUCAUCGUAGGUCUGUCUUUUGCAUUUAUUAGGCCAAAAGUAGCAAUAUCAUUCAACAUUGAAGUUAGAUUAUUUAGUAAGCCAAUUAGGAUAUUUAUAUUUUAUUUUAAUAAACUGAAACCCAAUAGCCAAACACUAUCGUUUUUAUUAGGCUAUCGCAGUGGACUGGCCAUAGAUUGGGCGGUGAUGGAAGAAGAAGAACAGUCCGACAUGAUCGUGUUGUAGCUUUGUCUGACAGGUCGCUCUGUAGCAACAAGACAACAAUUGCAACAAAGUUGCAAAGCGAGUUAAUAAUAUUCAAAGAGUUACAAUUUGAAGUUUUCCCACUCUAGGCACAAUAACAAACAGUCUGUUAUCGCUGUGGUGCCUUUAGAAAAGCAGCCAGGGUCUACAUUCUAAUCGAAACCCUCCUUCGAAAAUGUUCUUAUCUGUUAUUGUUAGAUCGAGAAUUCUCUCGGAAGAAUUCGGAGAACUCUAGAUUGUUUAUUUGAUUUAUAAAGCAAGGAGUGUGAUCUUCUGUUCACUGCCGUGUCGUGUGGUUUUCGCCUUGCUUCGGAGUUCUAAAAUGGACGGGAAAAUAAAGCGCAGCCGGAGGUCAAGAUCUCAACGAGACCGCGUGCGCAGACGGGAUGCGAUUGACAGGAAUGACCAAAACCGUAGUCCAUCGUCUGGUUCCGACCGAGGGCAAAGUUCGGUCAGGAAUAAGGCCCUGUGUAAUUAUGGAAAAAACAACAACAUGCAUUACGACCGGCCCCCGCGCCCCUCUCGGAGAAAGAGACUGGGUUCUGUGUCUCAGGAGGACAUUAUUGAUGGAUUUGCCAUAUCCAGCUAUCUCACCCUAGAUUCUUUAGAGAUGGCCCUGAGGAAAAGCACAAAGAACCUGAGGUUGCAGGAGGGUGAGGAGAAGUGGGAGGGGGAGCUGCUGAAGAGGAAGAGGACCGCUGAGGGUGCAGUGAUACCUGUGAAUGGAUUCAGUGACAACGGAGUUGACUUUGAACAUGAGCAGGACGGAGAGAAGGAGCGACGGAAAGUGAAAAGCAUCUUGAAGAAGAACAAGCAGGGGAAAAGGCUUCUGGAACGCCAGGACAGGGCUGAGAUCCCCAGGACGCUUGGCACUCCACAGAGAAGCCGUUCCAGAGAACACCAUAGUGAGAGUUCAUUCUCUGGCCGAGGCUAUUCGUGUGACAGCGAGAGCGAUGUCGACGGCAAGGUUUCAGGGACUGAGACCAGUAAACUCUUCAGACUGAGGACAACUAAUGACUUAGGCGUCGAUAAGAAGGACGAGGACAAGGUGUGCAGCUCCUCCGGAGUGUCGGGUCUGCAGCGCAGCCAGGAGCAGAGCGGCGAAACCCCCGUGGACCUGCCCGUGGCCAGCCCUGAACCUGGCCCUCCGGCCGCAGACAGCCCGGCCCCCGUGGCCCCUCGGGCCCCCACCCCGCCUCCCGUGGUGCACGUGAAGAAGGAGAGGACGUCCCCUCAACACUCGGCCACCCCGAAUCUGCCGGACCUAUGUCAGGUCAAAAAAGAACCACUCUCACAGCACCAGGGUCCCCCCUUAUACGUCGGUCUGGGUCUCCACAAAAGCAGCAGCGCAGAGAGGUCACGCAAGCGAACCCUGCCCCCGUCCCCCCGCCUCGGCCGCCACCCCUCGCCGUCGCCGGCCCUGUCCGUGUCGGAUCUGCCUGCGCCCCACUUCUUCCUGCCUGGUCACGGGCAGCGGCGUCCGGCCAUGUUCGCGAGCCCUCUGGGAUUACCAACCAGCGGCAUUGUGGGACACUCACCCGGAGCGGGCUACACGGAACACGACCUGCUCCGCCAAGAGCUGAACAACCGUUUCCUGGCGCAGACGGCCGAGAGAGCGGCAGGCUCCGGCCCACCUCUGCUGAGGGCGGAGUUCCACCAGCACACGCACCAGCAUCAGCACCAGCACCAACACCAGCACCAGCUCACAUUCUCACCCUACUCCAAUGGUUUGCCCCCUCCGCCGGGAGUCCUGUCCACCGGCCCGAAUAUGGGCCGCACGCCCGCCCUGAGUUUCUUCCCCUCCUAUCCCCCAACGAUGCCAGGCAUGCCAGCCCUGCACCCCCAGUCAGGACCCUCGGGAACCUUCAGCUCUUUGCAAGGAGCCUUCCAGCCCAAGUCUAAUCCUAUGGACGUGGCAACGCGGCCUGGGGAGGUCCCUCACAAUCUCCUGCCAAAGGACCCACGGAUAACUGAUCCCUUCAGAUCAUCAGCUCGGAAGGCUGGCAAAUGGUGUGCAAUGCAUGCCCAGAUCGCCUGGCAGAUUCAUCAUCACCAGCAGAGGAUGAAGCACAUGCGCUUCAAUCCGCAUAAGCUGAGUAUGAGCGGGGUGAAGCUGGACCUGUUCAGCCGGCCAGCGGCACCAGGUCUGCCAACUGGAUUCUCCUACGGUCAUGACCUGGCCCGACCGCUCCUGGCCCCCUCAGGUCAUUUAUCGGCAUCACCGUUCAGCGCUCCCACUCAUCACGCCCACUGCCUGCCCGCCAGUCACCUCACCGAUCCAUUUGGUCGAGCCAGUCACUAUGGAAACCUCGGACAACUGGCGACUAAUGCAUUCGGCGGUCUGAGUGCUCCGUCUAUUGGUCCAGGCAGCCCGUUUGGAGGAAGGCAGGGCCACGGGUUGCCAGGUUUUGUCAGCCCCUCUCAGGAAGCCUGGAACCGUCUGCACCGAACACCUCCCUCCUUCCCCCCGUCUCCAGCACUGUCCAGGUCCGCGGAUGCAGAGCGCAAGCCCAGAGUCCAUAGCAGCGACAGGGAAAGGGAAGCUAAGAAAAGGGAUCACUCCGCCACUAAGGACGAGACGGGAAGAGACGGGAAUUAUCUGGACAGAAGCCAUCCGUCGACCCACACACCCUCAGGCUUUCAGAUUAGUAAUCUGAUUGGCAGCAGCAGUCCAGAGAGGAAGAGGAGUAGCCCGGAUCAGGCCCGUCGGGCGGAGCGGGAGGGCUCCUCACUGGGGAGAGUCCAGGUGAAACAGAGCUCCUCUCCAGUCCUGGAGGUGCAGGACAGGGGAUCCUCAAACCCUUACACCACACUGAAGAACCACCAGUCCAGCGAGACCACGCAAACCCUGAAGGGACCUCUAAACAUAAAGCAGGAGCGCAGAGAUGAGCCGGAGGUCUUGUCCGGGCCACCAGAUCCUUCGCUCUUUUUCCCAACGGGCCACCCUCAGGCUCUGCACUCCUCACCAAGGCGGAGCCACUACCCCACCGCGGCCAUGCUCCAGGGCAGCCAUCUACCUCACUCUCUACCCCUCUCCAUGAGCCCCAUGCACCCAGUGAGUAGCCUCAGUGCAAUGGAGCGAGCCCGUGUCCAACCCUUCAUGGAGGUGGGUUCACUGGCAGCAGGUCGAGACCACCGCGUGCCUCCUCACCUCUCAGGCCCCUGGGACCCCCUGCGUGACCCCUACAGGGGGCUGUACCUGCAGAGUCAGCAGGGACAUCUGGCCUAUGAGCCUGAGAGAGGCCACAGACAGCGGGGGCAACACCUCCAGUCCCACCCCCAGCAGCACAUACAGGAUAGGCACCGGCAGGCAGAGGAGAGGGCCAGGCUGCACCAGCUCCAGGGCUCUCCCAUGGAGGGCCACCUAGCCCACACGCCCAACUUCAUGUCCUCCCUGGGUGGGAUGAUGUACCCUCGGCUCAGCCCCUCUGCCCCACACAGCGGCCACCUAAACAGGACUCCUCCCACUGCCACUCUCAGUGCCCCGCCUCUUCUGGUGCCCACAUCCACCACCACAGCCGCGUGCAGACCUGCCACUCCUCGGAAGACCACACCCGCCAGUGCCCCACCCUCUGGGGACUCCACCCCCUCCUGCAAACCAAAAGAGGUGGAGGCACAGUAGCAUGGAAGUCUCAGAAAUACGAGACAAGACAGGGAUCGUUUUAUGUAGACCGUGACACUCAACUUGAUGAAAUGUCUUGCAUUUUAAAAUGAAAAAAAGCUAAGUAAGAAUUGUGUAUUGUGUAUGUAUAAAAAUGUUUAUAAUAAAUCACAUGUUUAAGUAUUAAGUCUUAAUAGAAAAUUAUGAACUAGUUAAAUAACUGAUAAAUUAGUUACCUGAUGGAUGUUAUUUGAUAGUAAUAUAUGAUGACUCUUUUUUUAUGUUUGUAAGAUUUCUAUGCCCUCUCUUUGUACAGGAGUAGAUUUUAUGAAUUUGUACAUUUUUGAUGUUGGUUAAUGUAAUUAAUUACAUUUUAUGUUUGCUACACAUUUAUUCUGCAUUAUUUAUCAAUAGGUAUAACCUCUUGAUGUUAGUUUAAGGUUAAUGUAACCAUGGUUUUUAUCUGAAAAUAGUAUUUACCCUUUCCUUUUGUAUAUAUUCACAUAACCUGUCAUUU